GCGGUUUUUAAAAUGGCGACCGGGAAGAGGUGUAUGUUUACAGUUAUUAGUGCGAUUAUAACGGCUCUUAUCAUAGAAGGUCAAUGUCGACUCCAUCACCUCGUACUUAAGGAUGACAUCCGUCAGCGGGUCCAUCUAAACACAUUCGGCUUUUAUAAAGAUGGCUAUAUGAGCAUGAACAACCUCAGCCUCAGCUUCACUGAUGGGAAGCCGGAGAACAUUGACAGCUCCACGAUUGGUUUUAGCCUAGAUCGUGCAAGCAAUAAUGGCUUCUCCACAUAUCUGGACGAGGGUCUUGACUACUGUCCUCUGAAAAAGGAUCCAAGUAGUACUUAUGCAGGGGUGCUUCUCUUGCUGGACUUCAAAAAUAACUUAGUGAGGAUGAAGACUUCAGCAGAGUUGGGUGUGUUUCCCAAAAUCAUACAUGUGGUCCCCAAAAACAUUGUGGUGGAGCAACAAGCUGAAAAGGGCCAAGAUCCCCAAGGCAAGGGACCAGAUGAUGGAUCUGAGUCUAAAACAGGUUCUAAGUCCAAGCGAGAUGUUGAGAACAAGACAGAAGAUACCUAUCCUCUUCAGAACAAAGGCAAAAUCUACUCGUUUCAGUUUUACUUCAAUGUCACAACGGAUGAGCAGCAAGGCCUUUAUAACUUUUAUUUCUACAACUGCUACUCUUUGCUAUUAAACCAGGACAGCUCUUUGUCAGGCAUGCUGCCUUUCAGCAUUGAUAUCAACAUCGAGGAAAAGAAUCCAGACAGCUUUCUCUCUGCAGGAGAGAUACCUUUACCUAAGCUUUACAUCUGCAUGUCCAUGUUCUUCUUUCUCAUCGGCACGCUGUGGGUUCAUGUUUUGCGUACACAUAGUUCUGAUGUUUACAAGAUUCAUUGGCUGAUGGCUGCUCUUCCAUUCACAAAGUCCCUUUCCCUUAUUUUCCAUUCAAUUGACUACUACUACAUUUCCAAUCAGGGCUUUCCCAUUGAAAGCUGGGCUGUGGCCUAUUACAUUACUCACUUACUGAAGGGGGCACUGUUGUUCAUCACUAUAGCAUUAAUAGGAACUGGCUCGGGCUUUGUCAAGCAUAUCCUCUCGGAUAAAGACAAAAAGAUCUUCAUGAUAGUCAUCCCCCUGCAGGUUCUGGCCAAUGUGGCAUACAUCAUUAUCGAGUCCACCGAGGAGGGCUCCACUGAGUAUGGUCUGUGGAUGGAGAUCUUGUUUCUGGUAGAUCUGCUGUGCUGCGGGGCUAUUCUCUUUCCAGUUGUCUGGUCAAUAAGACAUUUACAAGAGGCAUCAGCAUCAGAUGGGAAAGCUGCCGUCAAUCUGGCUCAACUGAAACUUUUUAGGCACUAUUAUGUGAUGAUUGUAUGCUAUAUUUAUUUCACCCGCAUCAUUGCCAGUCUCAUCAAGGUCAUAGUUCCUUUCCAAUGGAAGUGGCUCUACCAGCUGCUGGAUGAACUGGCCACUCUGACCUUCUUCUUCUUAACUGGACACAAGUUCCAGCCAGCCUCCUACAACCCCUACCUACUGCUAUCUGUGGAGGACGAAGAUAUGGAGAUGGACAAUGUCUUACUUCCACAUUGAAAAAUAUGGUGGAUGUAAAGAAAGACAGGACAUUUCAAGGACAUUUCUGCCUUACAACAUCAGCAUCUUGAUGUGUUUUUAUAGUACAUAAUUCUUUAAUCUCAAAAGAUCAAGGACAGUUUGAUUCCUCAAGAUGAUGGGUCUCACUUACAGCACAGAGAGCCAGUGAUGACGGGUGAUUAUAACGAUGCACAAGAAAUCAUGAAACACUCUUAUCAAUAAUAAGGGCAUCUUUCUUCUAUAUGUGUUUUUGCACACAGCUUUUCUACAUACCGUGACCCUCUUGUGUUCCAUUACCAGCUGUGACCUGGUCACACGGACAGGCUUACAAUGGUCCAGCCACCUGUCAUGGCUCUAGAAGAAGCCCAGUGGGGUUCCUCCUGAUUGGAGGACCUAGUGGCCUUCCUCAUUACAUGCCCUAGCUGAGAGCACCUGUCAUGCCCUGUUUAUUUACACACACACACCCAACAUUUGCUGCUUAUUUUUGAAGCAUUUUGAGUGGCCUCAUCAGGUCAGAUGAUUCAGUGUGUUUUAAUGUCUUCGACUCUCCAGGCUUUUUCAUUUUCCCCAUCCUGGUGAUUUUUCUUUCUAAGGUCUCGGUGGAUUGCGUUCCUCUUCACUCCCUGAUGUCCAAGCCUUGUUCUGUUCCUUGACAACCCCCAUCCUCCCCUCCUUCCCUCAAGUCCCCAACUCCCGUUCACCCCAUAUUCAGCAUCCCCUCAGGCGGCAUGUGCUUUAUCCACCUCCCAUCCCGCCACUUCCCAGAAAUGCCCUGUUACUCCAAAUGUCCUUGUUCCUUGCUUGCACUUUGCCCUUUUUUCUUCUCCUCCUCCUCCUGCCACAGUAUCUCUCCCACCUGCCUUAUACUGAAUGUGCAGAGUGCUUUUUUUUGUGGCCUAUUUUCCCCAAAACUUUUUUGGGUGAUUUUGUGGUGUGACCUGAUUCAGCUGUCCUCAUUGAGUCUUGCAAAGAACAGAAAAGAUGGAUGAUGCUAACCACAAAAAUAGAGAGCACUGCUCUCAUGAGCAUUCAAAGCUUAGGUUAAAAGUUCCCUGAGUGCUUUUAUUUUUUAUUAUUUGUUUAUUGAUUUAAUCAGGCACCUUUUAAUAUAGUGCAACAGUUGGGUUACAUGUAUAACUUCCCAUACAUGUCCUUCUCCAUUUUCUUUUUUUUUCUUUUCUUUCUUCUUGUUUUAAAGAAGUCUUUA